CAAAGAAAUUUCCACAUGAAAGCAUUUCAUCGACUGUCAGAGAUGUUUAGGGAUGCCCGCAAUAUACGAGAGCACCCUUACUGGUUGGGCGAGCACAUUUGGAACUCUUUACUGGCUCAAUGGAAUUCAGUAGAGUUUCGUAAUAAGUGUGCCAAAGCCCAGAGGAACAGAGUUUUUGAAAAGGGUGGCACCCUGCAUACUGGUGGGUCGAUCACGAUUCAUGAGCAUGCCAUUCGUAUGGCACAAGCUCUGGGAUGGGCGGUCCAUGUUGAUGAGGUCUUUGCACAGACUUAUGUUCAGAAGGGCACUAAUGAAUUCGUUGAUGAAAGAUCUCGGAAGACUCAUAUAAGAAAAUAACACUAUUACUAUUAGUAAUUUUUCAUUUAUGUUAUUCUAUCAUUCCCUAACAUUGGUUUUAAUGUUUGAACAGGAAGAAUUUUCUACGAGACUUUCACAGGUUAGAUCUGAACAUGGGUCAACUCCUACACCGGAUGAUGCGAGUAAUGCAGAAGACGAUAUCCGUAGGACACAGUGCUGGGUCGACAUCGUUGGUGGGAAGAAAAAGGGAUGACUAUACGGUGCUCGACAACUUGCUGCAAUAUAGCAUCGAGAGGAGGUACUCUGAAGCACCAACCUUCUUCUUCCACCACUAUUGUUGACGAGGCCGUUGUCCGCCUCAUACAGGCAUUGGAGCAACGUGACCAGGAAAUCACUGAUUUGAGAGCAGAGUUUAGAAACUUUAAGGCCCUGGUCAUUAGAGUGUUGCCUGAAACUUCACAAGAUCAGUUCAUUGUCCCUUCAACCCAGCCACGACCCUCCCUGUCACCCGCCGUCCCUCAACAGCCCACAUCAGUCCAACCCUCAUCAGUCUAGUCGACAUCAGUUCAACCCACACUAGUCCAGCCAUCUAUAGAGGAGAAAGAUGAUGAAGAUCAUUCUGAUGAUAACUAUGUAGAUUAUAAGUUUUAUUUUGUUAUUAGUUGUUAUAGAA